AUGAUGAUGGACCUUUUCGAAACUGGCUCCUACUUCUUUUACUUGGACGGGGAAAAUGUUACCCUGCAGCCAUUAGAAGUGGCAGAGGGCUCUCCUCUGUAUCCAGGGAGCGAUGGUACCCUAUCCCCCUGCCAGGACCAAAUGCCCCCGGAAGCUGGGAGCGACAGCAGCGGAGAGGAACAUGUCCUGGCGCCCCCAGGCCUGCAGCCUCCCCACUGUCCGGGCCAGUGUCUCAUCUGGGCUUGUAAGACCUGCAAGAGAAAAUCUGCCCCCACUGACCGGCGGAAAGCCGCCACCCUGCGCGAGAGGAGGCGGCUGAAGAAAAUCAACGAGGCCUUCGAGGCUCUGAAGCGGAGGACCGUGGCCAACCCCAACCAGAGGCUGCCCAAGGUGGAGAUCCUGCGGAGCGCCAUCAGCUACAUUGAGCGGCUGCAGGACCUGCUGCACCGGCUGGACCAGCAGGAGAAAAUGCAGGAGCUGGGGGUGGACCCCUUCAGCUACAGACCCAAACAGGAGAAUCUCGAGGGUGCGGAUUUCCUGCGCACCUGCAGCUCCCAGUGGCCCAGUGUUUCGGAUCAUUCCAGGGGGCUGGUGAUCACUGCCAAGGAAGGAGGGGCAAGCAUUGAUUCCUCAGCCUCGAGCAGCCUUCGGUGCCUUUCCUCCAUCGUGGACAGCAUCUCCUCGGAGGAGCGCAAACUCCCCUGCGCGGAGGAGGUGGUGGAGAAGUAA